AUGAGAAUUUGGCACAUUAUAUUUUUUCUUGGUCUUCUGACUCUGGUGAUUUGCAAGGAGAAUGAGAAAAAUAUUGUCGAAACUAAAGACGCCGAAGCUGAGAAUAAGGCCAACAGUGCUUAUACCGAGAAACGACAAGACAAACGUGGACUCGGUCAUUUAGAGGGUGGUUAUGGGGGCCAUGACGGCGGCUAUGGUGGUGGCGAUUAUGGUGGUGGCGAAAUCUCUUCGUCGGGUGGAGAUGGAGGUGGAUACGAAGGUGGAUACGGAGGUGAUGACGGUGGCAAGGUUAAACAAAUAACUAUUGUGAAAAACGUCAAGGUUCCUUAUCCAGUCGAGAAGAAAGUACACUACCCGGUUGAGAAAGAAGUUCCAUAUCCGGUAAAAGUACCGGUACCGCAACCAUAUCCGGUCGAAAAGAAGAUACCUGUACCUGUGAAGGUUCUUGUGAAGGUGCCCGUUCAUAUACCACAACCGUAUCCAGUGGAAAAGAAGGUGCCCUAUCCCGUGCACGUACCGGUCGAAAGGCCAGUACCUUACAAAGUUUAUGUACCACAACCGUAUCCGGUCGAAAAAAAGAUACCGUAUCCGGUAAAGGUACCAGUGCCACAACCAUUCCCGGUUGAAAAGCCAGUACCAUAUACGGUAAAGGUACCAGUCCACGUACCAGCGCCCUUCCCAGUGGAUAAACCAGUCCCGUAUCCGGUCGAAGUCCCAGUCGAGAGGCCCUACCCCGUACACGUACCGAAACCAUAUCCGGUAGCCGUGGAAAAACCUGUACCGGUACCAGUAGAAAAACCGGUGCCUUAUCCUUUCAAGGUUCACGUGGAAAAGCCUGUACCCUAUCCAGUCGAAAAACCAGUACCUGUUCACGUUAAAGUACCAGUACCAGCGCCCUACCCUGUAGAAAAACCUGUACCGGUGCCAGUCGAGAAGCCCGUGCCUUACCCCGUUAAAGUACCAGUCGAACGACCAGUUCCCGUUCACGUAUCUAAACCGGUUCCUGUGCCAGUAGAAAAACCAGUACCGGUUCCCGUGAAAGUACCAGUUCCGGUACCUGUACAUCAUCAUGAAUCAUCCGGUGGUUCUUUCGAGGGUGACUAUGGGUCCAGUUACGGUGAACAUUCCUUCUGA